AUGCAGGUUGGUUUUUAUUUCAGUUUUGAAGAUAGAAAAGGAUAUAUUGGAUAUAGUUUGACUCAAAUUAUGCAAUGAGAAGAAGCUUUUUUCAUGAUUAAAAUAUUUCGCAGAACCAUAUUUUUCUUCAAACUUGUGCCAAAAUAAGGGUUCAUUCAAAAAGGUUUUCUCUUUUUGAAAAAAAUUCCUAUUUUGCAGUCGGACGAUCCGGCCUUCCUGCCGGUCGGCACCGAAGUCAGCGCCAAGUUCAAAGGCGCUUUUUGUGAGGCAAAAGUGAAGAAAGUGACGAGAAAUGUGCGAUGCAAGGUAUUUUUCUCCAAUAACUUGCCAGCUUGAUACAUUUUUUCAGGUUGUUCUGAAGGAAUCGCCGUUUGGCACUACAUUGGUCGAAGAUGCGAAUAUCGCCAAAGGAUCGAUUUUGGAAGUGAAUCAGGUUGGAAAUUCUUUCAUUAUUAUUGAAAAUAUCCAUUAUAUGAUUGAAAAAAGCCAUUAUGGCCCAACUCAGUGUUAGACUCUAAAGUUCGGUUCAAUAUAUCUUUCAAAUUCGAAUUUUACAAGGACGAUUUUUAAGAAAGAAACUCGUAUUUAUGAAGAGAAUUCGUCUCUUAUCUCAUAAUUUUAUUUUUAAAAAAACAGAAGGAUUUUUUUGCAACAAAAAAAUAGAAAAUAAGAUACUUCAAGCUUCUCUCGUCAUUUCUAUGACAACUGAAAAGCUCGAAAUUGGGCUUUAAAGCUUUAGUGUAGAGUUUUUCAAUUUACACUUUUUAGUUCAGAUUAUUUUGGAUCGAAUAUCACGAGUAGAACGUAUCAUUUUCAGAUCAUCGAAAUCACACAAAAUCGGCAAGUUAUUAAAGCGCAAAUUUUACACGUCAAAGAUUGCAGCCAGUAUCAUGUCGGUGAGUACAAAUUCCUUUUUUUUCUAUGUUGUGCAAGAGAUUUCGGGUUUUCAAAAGCUCACUGAGGUUAUUCGUUUUCAUUUUUCUUAAUUUAUUCGCUCUUGUUUCCUUGAAUUCUUUCAAAAAGACUUUUUCCUACUGAUAAACGUCAUUAUUUUCCGAAAAAAACGAAUUGAUUGCAGUGUUCAACGACGGCGACGAGAAGACGUUGCGACGGACGCAAAUGUGUCUGAAAGGCGCCAAACAUUUCGACUCGGCGGUCAAUCUCGACGCCCUGCCGCUCUACAACCCCGAACAGUUCGGCUUCCCUCUCCACAAGGGCCAGCCCGGCGGAUCCAAGGACAAGAAACGCAAAUUGUACGUUUUUAUAACUGAUUUUUCGGAUCCUGAGAAAAAUAGUUAUAUCUGUCUUUUAAAGAAUUUUCUAGCAAAUCAAAUUUUGUUCCAUAUUCUUUAGAAACUGGGAAAACUAUCAUUGAGCUUCCUAGGCAACUUUCAUGAAGGUUGGAAGGUUUAUUCCCGAAAAAAUCAUGUGUCUGAAUGAAUUGAGUAAAUUAUAACCUUUUCGCUAUGUUUUCAAAAAAAAAAUAAACUCUUUCUGGCUAGUUUGUUUUAUCAUUCUUCAGGGGUUCAAUAUUGCUUUAAAAAUGCUAAACUUGAAAUUUAGAGAUUCCUUUCAGAUUUUUAAAAACGCAUAGAGGAUCUUUUUCAUCAAUUCUAAAGGCCAAGAAGUCUCAGUGUUAUUUUAACUUUGUUGAGACUUCCGCACUAACCAAGCAAGGUAUUUGGAAAAGGUUAUAUCUUCUAAAACAUGACAUAUUUUAUCUUGGAUUCAGCUUUUUUUUUUCAAAUUUAAGCUUCAAUACUUACUAAUAAUUUUUCACUUCAGUCUGCGCCGAAAGACGGAAGAAUCGCCGAGCAAGAAGAGCAGGAAGAACGACGACGGCAGUGAGGAUGAGAAAGAGACCAGACGACGAGAGAAACGGGCGGCCGCUUCUGCCGCCACCGUCGCCAUAGGGGAAAUGGAUCAAGUUGGAGCGAUUCCUAUUGAUUUUCCAACUAUUGAUCGUUUCAGGGUGAUACUGAACAGAGUGGAUACGAGUCGAGCCGGAAUUCCAGUGAAGAAAAGGAGAAGGAAAAGGAAAAAGAAAAGGCCAAAGAGAAAGAAAAAGAAAGGAAAGAGAAGGAGUCCAGGAAAAGUGGCCCCAGUGACAAGGAAGGCGAAGUGAAGACCAAAAAGAAGGACAAGGUGAGUAAAACUUGAGGGGGAGACCAAGUGUUUUUUUCAAUCAAUCAUGAGUGAAUAGAUAGAUUGAUAAAAUUUCAACAGAAGUGAAUUAAAUAAAACCCUUUUUUUCGUUAUUAAAAAACUUCCUUCCCGUUGCAGAUCCGCUACAAAGUCGGGACGUUGGUCUGCGCGUUCACCGACGAAACGUACGCGGCGAAAGUCCGGGACAUCCACACGAACGUCUCGCCUCAGUCGUCGUCGGUGUCCUCAGCCUUCAAGGCGGCUUAUUGGUAUCCGGCCGUCGUCGUGUCCUUGAAGGCCUUCCUCGACAACGCCCCCAAGAAGUUGACCAUCGGCGAGGGCGAGAUCACCCUCCGACGCUUCAAUACUGGAUCCACCUAGUAAGUAGUUUGAUCUUCGAGACGGGAAUUUGAGCUUGGAACUUGAAAAUUCAGUACUUGCUGGAUCCACUGAGUUUGUAAAACGAAGUGAAGACUCGUUUGAACCUCACAAGGAAGGUUGUCUUUUGCCCGAUGAUUUCAUGAAAUUUGGCUGAAAUACUCUUGAAUGUAUCAGCCCCCACAACUUCCAACUUUUCAAGAAAGGACAACUCAAAAACAAAGAAAACGGCAACUUUUGAAAAUAACUGAACAUUCGAUACUUUUGAGAUGUUUUCUUCGAUAAAAGUCCUAUGACCAGAAAAGUCCUGAGCGCAAAACAUGAAAUGAAGUUCCUAGAGAGGUUUUAGUUUCUUCAAAAGUGAUUUUAAUUUUGAUCUUUCCACCUCAUUUGUGCUGACCGUAAACCCAUCAGUUUUCUCAAAUAUAUGUGUCUUUACAUCGAAGCUUUCGAUUUCAUCGAUGAUCUCGAUUUUAUACACCUUAUUUUGCAGCCUAAGCCUCUCUCCUGGUCGUCUUGUCCCUUUUGACUACUUCCCAUUGACCCUCAUGGACACCUGGGAAAGUAUGAGGCCGGAUCUUCGAAUCUCCGUCGAGCUCGUCAUUCAGUUCCAGAAGUCUUGUGAGUUUUGAGGGAAAAAGAAACUUCGAAAAAGUCAUUUUUCUGCAAUUUUCCUACUAAAAAAACUCCAAAAAUAGUUAAAUCAUUUUAUUUCAGCUACUCUUCCCAACGGCUGGAACAAGAAGCAAAUUUUCGCCGGUGAAGAAAUACAGUCAACUCCCAAAAAGGAGAAGGAACGGAAAGAAAAGGACAAGGAGCUCCCGAAAAAGAAGGAAAAGCCGGAAAAAGAACGGAGGACUAGAGAAUCAGAAUCCGACAAGGACCGAGAGAAGGACAAGGACAAAGAGAAGAAGAGAGACAAGGAGAAGAUCAAAGAGAAAGAGAAGGAAAAAGACAAGACGAAAGAUAAGGAGAAGGAAAGAGAAAAAGAGAAGCAGAAGGAGAAGACGACGGUGGACCGAGAGAAGGACGAAAAGACGAAAGAGAAAGAAAAAGAGAAGGAAAAAGAAAGGGAGAAAGAGAAGGAGAAGGAGAAGAAGCGGCAAAUGUGAGUAUUUGGUUUGAAAAACAAUUCAUUAUUUUAAACCUUGAAAAUUGCGGCCUCAUGAAUUAUUAUUAAAGAAUUUUUACGAGUACAUAAUUUUGGUACUAUUUAAAAAUUCAGAAAAUUAAUUAAUAAGCAGGUAAGCUUUAAAGGAUCUGAAGGUGAGGAAAUGAACACUGAGCCGUUAUCAAUUCAUUAAUAAUUGUAUCUAGGUCGAUCUAUUUGGUUUGAAAAAAACAGUUUUUAAGGAAAAAAUAGACUAUUUUGAGGUCGGAAUCUACAACGUCUUCGUCAGAAAGUGAGGAGGAACCCCUGGAAAAAAGGGAUGUUUUCAUCGCCCAACUGUACAAAUUCCAUGAGGAGAGAGGUUUGAAAAACUCGAAAAAACGAUAAAUUCAAUUCUCAUCCUCUUUUCAGCAUCUCCAAUCAACAAAGGACCGAUUUUGGGCGGCAAGGAGAUCGAUUUGUACCAAUUCCAACGAUACGUGGAUCAUUACGGCGGGGCGAAGAAGGUGACGGAGAACGGCCACUGGCGGAAAAUCAAGGACCGAAUGGGACUCGAUGGAUGUCCUGGAGCUACUCCCGUCACGGUCCGAAAGGCCUAUCAAAGGUGAUUUUGGGGAGAAAAUGAUAAGAAAAGUACCGAAGUUUUCAGUGUUUUGUAUGAAUAUUCAGAAGGUUUUUUGUGUUUUCAUUGUACUGACCACUUUUAGACCAAAAUUUGGAAUUUAAAAACUUUAUUCUAUAAAUAAAAAUACCAAUGUUACAAAAGAAAUAUGUGUUUUUAAAAAUUCAGAUUCUUUGAGAGUCUUGCGGCAAGUUUUGAACUUCACAAAACUUUUUUUUUUGAAAUAACACUUUGACAACUUGUGAAUGUAUGUUUCCAGGUACCUCGAGCCGUACACCAACUUUUGCAAGGAGUAUUUCGGCGACACGCCUCCGGCCUUGAUUUCCACGUCGAGGGGCGAAAGAAGGCUCCAACGAUUUGGCGCUAUCAGUGAGGAUAAAAAUAAGGUUGAUUUUCAACAAAAUUGAAGCAAUAAUGACAAUUUAAAGAUCAAACGAAGAAAAUCGACGGCCGGUGAGACGUCGAAGGACUUGAAGACGUCGAAAGGCGACGAUGACGUCGGACGCGCCUCGGUUGAGAGCACAGGAGUCAGAAGCUCCAAGCAGAGGAGGUUUGGAGGAAAAGACGGGAAAACUCAAAUAAUCGGUGCUUUAAGAGCAAAUGGGUUGAAAACUUUAUUUGAUUUUUUUUUACGAAGAAUACGUUAUCCUCACAUUCAGUGAAAGUUAGGAAAACUCUCAUAGGUUUUAGAACUCUGAUAAGGCUGAAAAAGCUCCGAUUUCGAAAAGUAUUCAUUUCAACUUUUUUUGGAAGUAUUCUCUUAGAAACUCAGAAGGUGUCGAAAGAGCAAAAACUGAAAGAGUUUUUUUUUGAAGGUUUUAAGGAAUAUAUUGUCUCUUGAGUGGUUCUUAGAAGAAAUUUCGCUUUCACUUCAUGGUUGAGUAUCGGGUUCCUCUGUUCCAGUGAAACACCAUCCUCUUCUUCUGUACCGCCCGCGGAUCCGCCAGCGUCGGUUCCUGAUAAGGUUCCAGAAGUAGAUGAACAGUUGCCCGGGAGCAGCCGUCGUUAUUCCAUCCAUUCUCCCCCUCUGAAAUCGGAUGAGAGGAAAACAAACGAUUCUGAAGCUCCCGUCGAGUCGAAGAAACGGCAUAGCGAUGCGGCGGCCAUACCUAAAGUGAGGGGUUUUGAUUACAAUUAAAACAAGGUUUUCUGUCUUGUUUGAAAGGCUUUUUUUUUUGAGUUUUCCGAGAAAUUUGAAAAUCCUAUUUUGAUUUUUUUGAAAAAAAAAAAAUCCCUCCUUAUUUUCCCGAUUUUUAUCAACUGAAUUCCUUAACACUUGAAAGACGGUUUAUUCCAUGGAGUUUGAACCAUAAUAGAUUCGAGAAAACAAAAAUAAGGCGAGUGAUUUUUUGUCAAGGCUUCUCGAUCUACAAAGUUCCUACGGUUUUAGCAACAAACCAUUGCUUUUUUAUUACAAGAAAUUUUUUGAAAACCGCAAACAGCUGAGAAAGACAUUUAGCCGUGAUUUUAUAGUAGUUGAAGAAAAAAAAAACGGAGAGAGCGCCUUAAGGAAAAUUAUAGCCUUCUGUAAAGGAAAUUGAAAGGAGAGUUAUGAACUUUAGGAGAAAAGAGAGCGACGACAUACUUUGUCGGAAAGUAGGAAAGAGAAGGAAAAAGAGAAGAACGAAGAGUCGAGUGAUGCCGAGCCGGAUGGUACAGAGAAAUCAGACGAAUUUCAUACUGAUCCCAUUUUCAGCCAAAAAACGGAAGGAGAAAAGAAAGAUUUCGAUUCGGGAAAAGAGCGAAAGAAGGACGACCAAUGGACCUUCCGAUGGGGAUAUCGCCGUUUCUAAUACGGAUGACAGUUGUUGUCCGGCUCAUCUGUUCGUUUUUUGGCUUGUAAUUGGAUGGAACUGGGUGGAAAAAAAUGGGUACUUUGCAGGAAAAAAAGGGGAUUUUCUAGAGUUCAAAAAAACGAAACUUUAAUUUUUUUAAUUUGUGAUCUUCAUUUGAGUCCUAUAGGUUCUUCAUAGCGAUUUCAUACCAAUCCUCUUAAUUUUUUUCUGAGAAAAUCAGCGUUUCUUUGAAACAAUAUACUGUUUAGCCCUUAAGGAAAAUUUUUCAAAACGCUCAUUAAAUUCAUAUAUGAUUUCUUAUAAAUCAAGACUAGGAUUUCUCGGAAUAUUAUAUAGAAUAUCAUAUUAUAAACAAAGUUGCAACCUUCAACCUCAGUCCUAACAGAAUUUUGUCGCAAAAUUAUAUUUUUUUUUUAGCUUCUCCCACUUUUUCCUCGGACAAAAAGUACGAGCAAUGCACACCGACCGAUGGUACGACGCCCGGCUUGUAGAGUUCCGAAAAGCGAGUACCGAGGAAAUUGCGGCCGUCAUGAACAAGUUCCCCGCGGCGGUUAGCUUGAAAAACAAGUCGAAACUGAUUUUUGCUACUUUUUCCAGUCUCAAUCAGUUCCGCCUGAGCCGCUGGCGCAGCUGCAGAAGAUAUCCUCCCAGGUCGAGCUCUACGUUCAUUAUCUGGGCUGGAACUCGCGCUACGACGAGUGGAUCCCAUUGAGCAAAAUCCGCGUCAGCGACAAGGUAAAACGAGUGUUCAAAAAAGCUGAAGUGGCUUCUUAAGCGGCGGCAAAAAGUUUUUUUGAAGUUGCUAAGUGACCACUUGAGGUGUGGCUAUGGACUUGCUUCAAUUUUCGACCCUAUUUCUGAACUUUCAAAACACGAAGCUUCAAAAAUCUUCGAAAAUGCGGAGGCAGACUUUUUUCUCUGAGCUCUCUCCUUUUGGUCAGCCUUUCUAGAUUUCGAAGAUUUAGAGCUUCAUGGUAACUCAUGUUCAUUGAAAAAGCCAUUCAGAGAAGAUCAGCUAAAAUUUUUCUGCCUCCCAGGACAAGAACCUGUCGAUGGAGAAGCUCAAAACUUUGCUGGAUCGCAACUAUUGGACUGACGAACGGCUGAGCACUGUACAGCGUUGGCUCGAGCCUCACGCCCUCGCCAAAAGACCGCCAUCCCAGGCGGCUCAAUCAUCGGCUCUGGGCCUCUCGGAUGACGAAAUGGCGUCGGCCGGCGAAGAGGCUGCUCCAAGCACUGUAAGAAUGCAGGACAACUUGAGUACUAUAGUUGAGAGACUCGAAUCACACGAUUUUUUAUUUCGCGAUUGUUUUUCAAAGGUCUUGCAACGAAGAACCGAGGUCUAACUUCUGCACCUUCGAGCUAUCCAGAAAGCUGCUGUGAUAUUUAUUUGCCUAAUUGAUUACUGUUAAAUCCCAUUCGCUUGCAAGAUUUGAAGCGUUUGAUCUUUGCAUACCAAAAAAUGCGCUUACUUGAAGUUAAGGGUUAAUUUUGUUUUUUAAUGAAAUUUUCCGAUUCAAUUUCUUCAUAUUUUACUGUCAUAUUUGAACUUUUUCAUUCGCUUCCCUUUUUUCAGAGCUACCGAUCCCGCCGGAUAUCCUACUCGCAGUCGGACUCGAGCAACGCCGACACCAGCCGAAAGGAUCACAAGUCGACCGUCCAAGGGACGCCUCUAGUAUCGCCGGUGACGUCACCAGCCGCCGUGAUGAAGCAGAAGACGCCGACCCCGAGCGAGUUGCCUCCACCGACGUCGACGUCGACCAAAACGAUCGUCCUUUCUUCGCCUUCGGCGUCGCGGGCAACCCCAGUCGCGGCCGCCAAGAACUCGAUGAUCUCCUCGUUUGUUCACUAUCCGCAGGUGACUAAAAGGCGUCGAUUAGAAAACUUUGGUUCACUGCUAGGCUGUAUGGAAGUGACUUGCGCGGAAAGAAAGACACCUCUUUUCAUUCUUUUCCAGUGAACUUGCGAGUCUAUUACAGCUCUGCUCCAGGCCGUCAUAAGAACGCCAAUAUCAUGAAAAAAGAUAUAUUUGAAGAGAGUGAUAUGAGAGGAAUAUAAUGGAAGAGAUUGAUUCUUAAUUUUUUGAAUCGAACAGCCCAUGAGCAGUCCGUCGAAUGAAAUCGAUGUCAAUAUUGCGCUCAUUAUUUUCAAAAGCCAGCUUCGAAUCAACUUUUCUCCUACUUCAUCGUUCCAGACCUCCGUGCAGACCGGAUUGCUGAAAUCGGGACAACUACCGUCGCAUUUCAUACAGAAGAUGGGUAGUCCUGAACUGACGGUCCGAGCCGUGGCUGCGGCUGCCGUCGGUCUCGAUUCUCGCGGUCGAAGCUCCAGGUUUCGAAAAAGAAGUGGGCUAGAAAUUAUGUACAAAUUUUAGAUCUCCGAUGAACGUCAUCAGGUCUCCAGGCGGCCGCGUGACGUCUUCGGCCACAGUGACGGCGACGGUCAACGCCGCCCUGACCAACGCCCCGAUCGCCACGGAAGUGACGUCAUCCGUCAACUUCUCCACGACUACCACCACCACCACCGUCGCCACGGUCAUCCGCAAGACACCCGCCUCUAUCGCCUCUCCCCCAGCUCCGCCCACAAAGACCCUGUCUCCUGCAGCUCAGAAAGAAGACGUCAAGGAAGUCCGAACCAGGACCCCGUCGCCCAAAAAGAUCCACCCUCAUGUCUUCGUUUCCGCCAUUGAGACGCCGCCCAAGUCGGGAGCUCUUGUCAUUCAGCCCGUUGGUUUUUUCUCUCUUUAUAGUUUGUUCAUCUCGAUUUUGAGUUUUUUCGGUCGCGUUGGGAAUGGUUCUAGUAUUUUCAAACUUUUUGAAGAUACGGAAAGCUUGCAGUUAUUCAAAUAAGACAAAAAUUUAUCAAAAAUUAAUUUUCAUGAUUAUUACAAAAAAUAUCUCUCUCAGCCUUAGCAAAUAAUUUUUAGGCUGUCUCAGAAACCAAGAGCGUUUCUGAGCCCAAGAAAAAGCACGAGAAAGACGUGGCGAAACCCCCACCAGAGCCUGAAGUCGUCAAGAAAGAUGGUAGGGCUCCAGUAAAGAAAAAAAUAUAGUAUAAUUAUUACAAUAUUCAGAGUACGAGUUUGUGGAUGAUGAUGAGGAGAUCAAAAAGUCGGAACCGAAGGAGGAAAGAAAAAUCGACAGUUGCCGAAAGUAGACCGUCUCCACCGAAAAAAAGCCAAGAAAUGUGCGGGAAUUAAAACAAACAUAUUAUUGAAAAAAACCUUUAGAAAUCAAACUUUUAGUUUUUCUAAACUAUACAAAAGAACAGGCCUCAACUGUGGCUUCUAAAUCAGAAAAAUCAUGAAAACCUAGACGUCGAAAAAAAAGAAGAAAAAAAAACGGUUUUAAUUCAAAAGUCAAUCUGCACUUUUAAGAAAAGGAAGAGUAAUUUUUCCAGCGAUUCUACCUCCGCGACAACUGACACCGACGACGACGACGACGACGACCCCGGCGACUUUGGAAAGAAGCGACCGAAGGAAGACCCGCGCCCAGUCGCGCGUCGCCAAAGACGUCAAGGAGAGCUCUUCCGAUGACGCCGAUGCCGACGCCGACGACGAGGAAGAACGCGAAUUGGAGCUCGAAAAGGGUUUGCGACCCUGCGACUGAUGGACUUUUCUGACUUGAGAUCGCAUUUUAGAAGCAAAACGAGUGUGUGAGGCGACCAUUUUCGAAGAUUCUGAUGUCGCGUCGGGCUCGGAGACGCCGCAGAGGACGGAUGGAGAAGGUGAAAAAGCAUCGAUUUGUUUAAUAUAGUUUGUUUUUUUCAGAAAACGAAAAAAUUGCCGAAUCGACGCCUGCCAAUGAGGAAGAACGACGGUCGGUGGCGCCUGGGCGAUACCUGAGAGGCUCUGGAAAACGGAAACGGUUUGUUGAUUUUCCGAAAGAAUUUGUGUGGAAUCGAUAAGAUUUGAAGUCUGUUUGGGGAUGAAAUAGAUUGAGAAACCUCUAUAUGAGUCUGUUUUUUUUUUACUAGUGCAAGUUUGGAAUCAAUCGAUUUUGUUCAUUGAAACUUCAUUUAGACUUGAGAGAACUUGAGAAGAUCAUAAAAAAAUAUCGGUCAACUUUGAAUUUUUCUAGGAAAUUGAAAACAACAGGCAAAAAUUUGCUGAAUCGAAACGAUUGAUGCAAAAUAGAAAGUGAUUCAGAAUAUUUCAAAAACAUUCCGUUUAAACGAUUUUAAUAGAAUUAGGGCAUCAAAAAAACCAAAAAGCUUUCAACUAUGGGAAGACAAACGUGAGAAAAUGAUUCAGUAAACAGUUUUUUCUGUUGUCCGAAUUCCUGACUAGCAGUUUUCAUUCUUAUUUCUUGCUUGUUCAAAUUUUGACGUCUGAAACGAGCCUUUUAGAAUUUAGUUUUUGUGAGGUUUAUUUCAGAAAAAAAGCUUCCAGAUAAUCAAAAAAAAGCCCAGGAAUACCCUCGAAGUUUUAAAAAUGUUGAUUUUCAAUGAACCUUCAAAAGUUCAUUUCUGCCCUUUUUCUAGCGCAUCACACAACCGCCACAGUGCAAUGGUCGUGGAGAAGAAGUACCAGAAAUCCAAGCCGAAGGCCGAGGAAAAACAGAGAGAUGACGACAGCGAUUUCGAGUGUCCUGGUUGGUUCUGAGAUCGGAAAAUUAUUGAUGAUUCGGUCCAGUUUCAGACAAGACCGACUCGUAUCAGGCCCUCCGCCAGCGACUGCUCAAAGAGUGGGAGGCUGACGGGACCUACGCGGAAGUCUGUCGGAGACACGAGGAGAACCUCGACAAACUCGAGAUCGAGACGCCCAACGAGCUCCUUCUGGACGCCUACGAGCAGUACUGCAUGACGAUCCGGGAUCGAUAUUACGAGCUCAAGGCGGCUUGCGCGAAAAUCGACCGAGGACAUCGGAAGAGACAGGAACGCGAGCGUGAAAGUAAAUACUCUUCUAAUUCAUCUGAACUUUUUAUUUUGAAACGUGUCGAAGUUUUUUCGCGAACAAGGGCUAUCAAUCCUUUAAAAAUGAGCUCCGUCGGAGACACUGAAAUUUCCAAAGUUUGAGAGCCCCUAACUUUUUUCACAGAACUCGAGGGCAGUUUUCGAUACCAGACUUGGAAUCAGGGUGAAAAACUGCAUCUAGCAAACUUAGUCUCAUUUAAAAGUCACACCGUGAACUCAACAUUCCGUGGUUAGAAAAAAAUUUGAGAUCUUCAGUCAGCAAUUUUUUGAUAUCGCAUGAGGAAGAUUAAAAAGCACAAAAAGAACAAAUUAUAAGUUUUUAGCCGAAUGACGUCCUUUGUGGAGCUUGAAAAUCACUCAUCCAGAGUUCUAACGAGCCAUUUUUUUCAAGGAAAACGAGCCGAACGCAGAAACGAAGCUCAGCCGCUCUCGCCCAAGACUCAAGCCGUAGAUGCUCCAGCUCCAAGUCCAGCUGCUCCAGCUACCGUCCCUGCUACUCUCUGA